UUUUCUCUUCCUACUCCUCCCUGUCUCAGUAAUCUCUCACUUUCAGCAAGAUGAACUUAAUGUCGCUGAAGAACACUGCAAGAAUUUUUUUUCUUCUGAGCUUCUGCUUACCAAUUGUUUCUUUCAAUUGAAGCAAAUCAAUCGAUCUUGAUUCAGGUUCGUAAUUCUCCUCCACCUUCUUCUUUACAUUUUCAUCAAGAACCUCAGUUUCUUUGCAAUCCACCUUCGCUAAAUCAAUCAACGUCUUUCUUUAUUCACAAUCCAACUCCAUUUUCAUCUGUAAACUCACAAGAACCUCCAUUCACUUGUAAUCAACCUUCUCCAAAUCACUCGACGUAUUUCGUUACUCGUAAUCAUAAUUCUUUACUGUAUCAAGAACCAUGUUUUCUUUGCGACCAACAUUUCCAUUCACCCAAUCGAAUCAAGAACCGGAAUUUUCCUAUAAACGUUCAACAGCAAGAUUUCAUGUAGUGAGAAAAAAACUCAAUUCCACCUAUUCAGAAUAGCACCGACGUGAAAUUAAAGUUCCUGUGUUUAAUUGGGUGCCAAACUUAGGGUUUGGUGCUAUUUUCUUGUGCUUGAUGGGAUUACUACAAUGGAUUUGUUGUUGCUGUUCAAGAGAGCCUAAUGUUGUGAAUAACUACUCGGUCAUUAACCCAAACCCACUAUUAGCACAAGAAAGGAAUGAGUCUAGUGAAGAAAGGAUUGAGGAUGUGAAAGAGUGUACUACCAAACAAUCUUUGGGUAAAAACACAGAUUCACCACAAUCUGGUGUUGGAGUUGAAUAUAAUUUAGAGGAACUCGAAACAAUUACAAGGAAUUUCUCUCAAUUGCUGCAUACAGGACACUCUGGGUUGUUUUAUCAGGGCAUAAUAGGUGGAGAAGAUAUUGAAGCUGGUAAUACCCAGGUAGUUGUAAAGAGAAUUACAGAAGGGAACUACUUAGAGGAAUUGUCAGUCUUCAACCAGCUUACCAAAUCAAGGUUCGUUGUAGAAUUGAUUGGUUAUUGCAGUGAGGGUGGGUACCAGUAUUUGGUUUUUCAGUCCAUGAACAGUGACCUGUCUAGACAUUUCGGAUCUUCUACGAACUAUUUAGAUGGCAGGACUUGCAUCAUGAUAGCAAGAGACCUUGCUGAUGGUCUCACUUAUUUGCACAAUGAAUGUGCUAUGGCACACAGGGACAUACAACCAUCGAGUGUUUUACUUGAUAAAAACUUGCGAGCCCGCCUAGGAAGCUUGAAUAAAGUUACAGAAAAUCGUCAAGCUUACACAGAAAAAUGAUAAACUACUCUGGUCUUCGCCAAGGCAUUGUUCAAAAAGAUAUAUCGAUUGCAGAGGUGGCUCACCAGUUGGAAGAGUUGGUUCAACAGUUGGAAGAGUCGCCAUCUAAAGCCGAAGAAGAAGUGAAAGUGGAGGCGGAAGCGGUAGGAAACCUAGGAGUGGAAGAAGAAGAAGAGAAAGCUGUAGUGAACCAACCAAGGUUCCUGUCCAAACUUUAGACUCGGACGCGUUGUUUGUGCUCUAAUCCAGUUAUCAAGAGGAAGGGAAGCAUGAACAGAAACUGUUGGUCAGACUAGACUCUCAACAUAGCUU